AUGGAUUGGAAUAUUGAGAGGACGUUACCCUUUGUGCCUCCUCUAGAGUCUUCGUUAAGCUUGUUCUACAACUAUAACAACUACACUUAUUCAGGAAUGGAAGCUAGUGAAGUGGAAUUGGGUGAGAUUCAACAAAGGUGGCCUCCUGUGAUUAAUAAAGGAAAUAACUGCGGAGAGAAGAAGACGAAGAACAAGAAGAUAAAAUUAACAAGUAAUCAAGUUGAAACAUUGGAGAGGAGUUUUCAAGAUGAAAUAAAGUUAGCGCCUGAAAGAAAGAUGAAGCUUUCUGCUGAGUUAGGGCUUCAUCCUCGCCAAAUUGCUGUCUGGUUCCAAAAUAGGCGUACUAGGUGGAAGACCAAGCAGCUUGAAUAUUCAUGUGAUGUUCUUAAACACUCAUGUGACGUGCUUAAGCAAGAAAAUCAGAAGCUUAAAGAAGAGGUCAUGGAGUUGAAGGAAAAGCUAAAAGAGAAAGCUGAUGUGAGGACUCAAACAUUUGGUGAUGAAACAGUAGAAGGGUUUGGAGAGAUUGAAGGAUAUGAUCCACAUCCAAGUUUCCAAUUUCAACAAGGAACGACAAGUAGCAUUCAACAAGCUGCAGAGGGAUACAUCAACACUUCCUUUAUUAUUGAAGAUUUUGAAUUAGUUUCAUUGCAUCAGGAAUGUCAUUGGCCUUAG